UGCUACCUCCAGCUGAGACAACCAAAAUUGUCUGCAGACAUUGCCAAAGUCUCCUGAGGGCUAAGAUCUCCUCCAGGGUCUCACUAAGUUGCUAAGUUAUCCAACCUGGACUCAAAUAUGUGAUUCUCCUACCUGAGCUUCCCAAGAGUGCUAGGAUUACAGGUGUGCCAUAUGUGCUGUUCAUUUCUAUAAUCUACUCUCCCUGAGUUCCGGGACUCCAUUUUGGUUACUGUGGCGUCUCAAGCAUCAAUAACGUGGCCUGGCAUAAAAGAAGAGCUCCAUAAAUAUCUGCUAAAUGAUGCACCCGCUGGGCCUGUGUAAUAACAAUGAUGAGGAGGACUUGUAUGAAUAUGGCUGGGUAGGAGUGGUGAAGCUGGAACAGCCAGAAUUGGACCCAAAACCAUGCCUCACUGUCCUGGGCAAGGCCAAGCGAGCAGUGCAACGGGGAGCUACUGCAGUCAUCUUUGAUGUAUCUGAAAACCCAGAAGCCAUUGACCAGCUAAACCAAGGCUCAGAAGAUCCACUCAAGAGACCAGUGGUAUAUGUGAAGGGUGCAGAUGCCAUCAAGUUGAUGAACAUUGUCAACAAGCAGAAAGUGGCUCGAGCAAGGAUUCAGCACCGCCCUCCUCGACAACCCAUCGAGUACUUCGACAUGGGCAUGUUCCUGGCUUUCUUUGUGCUCGUCUCCUUAGCUUCCCUCAUCUUCCUUGUCAGAAUCAAGCUGAAUCAGCGACGUCAGAAUUCCAUGAACAGGCUGGCUGUGCAGGCUUUAGAGAAGAUGGAAACCAGAAAGUUCAACUCUAAGAGCAAAGGGCGCCGAGAGGGGAGCUGUGGGGCCCUGGAUACCCUCAGCAGCAGCUCUACAUCUGACUGUGCCAUCUGCCUGGAGAAGUACACCGAUGGAGAGGAGCUUCGAGUUAUCCCCUGUACUCACCGGUUCCACAGGAAAUGCGUGGAUCCAUGGCUGCUGCAGCACCACACUUGCCCCCACUGUCGGCACAACAUCAUAGAACAAAAGGGAAGCCCAGGUGCCGUGUGUGUGGAGACAAGCAACCUUGCGCGUGGUCGGCAGCAGAGGGUGACCUUGCCAGUACAUUAUCCUGGUCGUGUGCACAGGACCAACGCCAUCCCGGCCUACCCCACAAGGACAAGCAUGGACUCCCACGGGAACCCUGUUACGCUGCUAUCCAUGGACCAGCAUGGGGAGCAGAGCCUCUAUUCUCCACAGACCCCCACCUACAUUAGUGGCUACCCACCCCUACACCUGGACCACACCCUGGCUACUCACCGCUGCAGCCUGGAGCACCGAGCAUACUCGCCAGCCCACCCCUUCCGCAGGCCCAAGUUCAGCAGCCGCAGCUUCUCCAAGGCAGCUUGCUUCUCCCAGUAUGAGACCAUGUAUCAACACUACUACUUCCAGGGCCUCAGCUACCCGGAGCAGGAGAGCCAGCCCCCACCUAGCCUCCCGCCCAGGGGCCCGUCCCGUGCCUUCCCAUCCAGUGGGGGCAGCAGCCUUCUCUUCCCCACUGUGGUGCACAUGGCCCCACCCUCCCACCUGGAGAGUGGCAGCAUGUCCAGCUUCAGCUGUUACCAUGGCCACCGCUCCAUGUGCAGUGGCUACCUGGCCGACUGCCCGGGUAGUGACAGCAGCAGCAGCUCUGGCCAGUGCCACUGUUCCUCCAGCGACUCUGUGGUGGACUGCACUGAGGUCAGCAACCAGGGCGUGUAUGGGAGUUGCUCCACUUUCCGCAGCUCUCUCAGCAGUGACUAUGACCCCUUUAUCUACCGCAGCCGGAGCCCCUGUCACGCCAGUGAGGCAGGGGCCUCAGGCAGCUCCAACCGAGGGCCUGCCAUGUGCCUUGAGGGCUCCCUACCACCUGAGGAGCUCCUAGCAGCACAUAGUCAUGGUGCUGGCAAGGGAGAGCCAUGGCCAGGCCCUGCCUCUCCCUCAGGGGACCAGUUGUCCACCUGUAGCCUGGAGAUGAACUAUAGCAGUAACUCCUCCCUGGAGCACAGGGGGCCUACUAGCUCUACCUCAGACGUGGGGCUUGAGGCUUCUCCCAGGGCUGCCCUGAACCUCAGGAGGACCUGGAAGGGGGGUCGAGAUGGGCCGUCGUGUGUCUGCUGCUGUGAGCCUCAGUCCUUUGCACUGGGGCCUGGAGCAGGAGCAGCUGGCAAUGGCAGCACCUUGUUCCUGAGUGCCCCACUCCAUGAGAGCUGCAGCCACACUGGAGGGGAGCUACAGCCAGGAAGCCCCCAGGGCCGGUAUGGCCUUCACCCAGACCAUUUGCCCAGGAUAGAUGGGGUAAAAUAUGAGGGCCUGCCUUGCUGCUUCUAUGAAGAGAAACAAGUGGCCCAUGGUGGAGGAGGGGGCAGCGGCUGCUAUACUGAGGAUUACUCGGUGACCGUGCAGUACACACUUGCUGAGGAGCCCCCACCCAGCUGCUACCCAGGGGCCCAGGACCUUAGCCAGCGCAUCCCCAUCAUUCCGGAGGAUGUAGACUGUGACUUGGGCCUACCCCUAGACUGCCAAGGGACUCAUAGCCUCAGCCCCUGGGGUGGGACGCUGGGCCUGGAUGCCUUGCGGCCCCACAGGGGCAUGGGAACAGCCCAGGAAGAGGAGCAGGCUCCAUGCUACCAGGCUGAUGUGCUGCAGCCUGAUUGUCCUCCAGAGGAGGCAGGUACCACCAGGGCCAGCCUCCCCAGUGACCCCCAGGACACUCAGGAGUCCAGCGCCCCAGGUGCUGAGGCUGCAGGACCAGGAUCUUGCCCAGCAGAAGGCAGCGGCAUGGGAGCCUGAGCUCAGAAGGAACUCUUAAUGAAAGUUGGGAACUGUUGGACUCUGACUUCCUUCAAAAAAAAAAAAAAGAAAGAAAAAGAAAAAAAAUUUUUAGCUUUGACAAACACAUAAAAGUGGUAAUAAAGAGAGCCCUCCUUUCAGCCCAAAAUGUGAGCCACCUGUGGCAAAAGCCUCCUCUCCCAUUAACAAACCAACAGAAAAAAAUUCUGAGUCCUUUGGCUCAUUUGAUAACAUGUUGUUCUUCUGUCUUGUAAAAUGUGUGCUUGGGGUUACAAGGUGUGUGGGAUUGAGUUCUCUGCUUUGUUUCUUUUUUUAAAAAGAUAUUAUAUGUAAAUGUAAAAAGUUAUUUAUAUAUUUUAAAGAACCUUAACCACCAAUUUUGCUGAAAAAGAAAAAAAAAAAUCACUGCUGCAUUAAGUGAACUGCAUCAUGUGUAGAUACUGUUGUCUCCCUUGAGGGAGCUCAGGCCUUUGAAAAGCUCAGGGCUACACCUGCCUUAGAAAAUGAACCAGAAACUUGAAGUAAAGCUAGUUAAUAUGGGUACAAACUCUGAGGAACAAUGCAAAGUUGCCUCUUUCUUUCUUGUGGCAAAUCCAAAUGUACAAAAUGUCAGGGUUUCUUGGAAGCUGUGCCUCUCCAGCCUAUACAUUUAGACAGGUGAUGGAAAUGGCUAGGACUAGACCAGAAAGUCUGCAGCGUUAGGGACCUGGGUUAAACCAGUGCUGCACAAGCCUCAGCACGACAAAGGACUGUUCUGCCCAGUAUCCUCCCUCUGUCGCUUUGGGUCAUCCCAAACAAGAGAUCACAGUCCUGAUCUUGGCAGAGGCCCAGAUCAUAAGGGCAGUGUUCUUGAGAUUCUUCACAUGAACUGUAACUCCUGAGGCAAUGAAGAGAAAGCGCUGCCUCUGUGUUCUUGACUCUGGAUUCCUUUGGAAAUACAUUUUGGGCUUCCUCUCACUGGCUGCAGAAAUGGUUAGACAGGGAAUAUGGGCGAACACCCAGAAGGAGUGUUGCUUUUGUGGCCUUGGUGUCUGGUGAGGCUGGGGGAGAUUGCUCUGAGUACCCUGCAACACACUACCCUUUGGAGAGGGGCACCCCUGUGCAUGUGCUCUACGGAAGGAGGAGCCAAGCACCUUUGGCUGCUGUUUCCUUGGGCUGCCUUCCUUGGGCUAGGAGUUCAAACCCCAUGGGGAAGGGAUGCCCUGAGCUCCCUCUGAGUGAUACUUUUCCCAUCCCAUUUCCCCACAGAAACCCCACUUCAGGGUUAUUCAGCCCUCUGCCUCAUGGCUGAAAUUGCUCAUCUCACCUGCAAAUGUCUACUAUCUAUCUAAUGCACUAUUAUGUAUUGAUUCUCCAUGAGACAGACUAUCAGGUAGUUUAGACCCAAAGGGUGGGUUUUUGUAUUUUUCCAGCCUUUGUUUUUUUAAGGGGUGGGGAGAGUUUUUAAAACCCAGACCAUUUUUAAAAAGAAGUGUUUCAUUUUUAAAAGGGAGAGACUAUUUAAAACUACUUCAGAUCAGGGAUUGUCAUCCUUUUUGUCCAAUGUAUUCCUUCUUAUUCUUAAUCUCCCCCCGCCCCCACCCCCGCCACUUAGAGGAAAAUAGUCACAUUAGCCCCUUAUGUUCACUAACUCUUCUGAUCACUUUUUUUUCCUUUCAUUUAGUGGAUGGUUGUUGCCAUCUGAAAGAGUGUGGCUCAUUGAGUAUCUAAACGCUCAUUUGAGAAUAGGAACCUUGGGACCUGGCUCCUAUAGGUGGGGAUAGGGAUCACCCUGGGCUGUCAGAAGACUUAUUAACCCCUCUCCAGUCAGGCACUCGGGAAGUCAGCCCAUGGUCCAGACUGGAACAUUUUGAAUAAAAGUCUCACUAUAUCAAAAUACUUUCAAGACCCCAACCUAUUACGAGGAAAUUACUUCUAGCUAGGAUUUGACAGAAAUCCCCACAUCAAGCUAUUGUUGAUCAAGCCAUUUGCCAUUUAGAAACUCAGAAUGGUGAGAAUUAUCCUCCAGCCUCUGGGGUACACUCCUGUGGGGGCUACUCCCCUGGGCUGUGCCCAGCACACCUGUUGAUGAGGGUGUGAGAAGCUCCUAAGCUGUUGACAUGGGAUCAGGGCCGCCUUUAUUUCUGGGGCCAGGAGUAGCAGCUGCUAAGAACAACAGCUUGCAUUACAUGGUUUUAGGGAGGCGGUGGUUCGUGACUUUUAACAUGAACUGCAAAAAGCAGCUUCUCCUGGAAUUCUUUUUGUUUGUGGUUUUGCUUUUUUGUUUUUAAUGCCUUUGAGUGCAUAUUAUCUUCCUUUCCUGAAACCCUACUCCCAGAGCAGCUUUCUUUAGCCCUGGCUAGAAAACCACCCCUGAGUAGCCUUAAGCAGUAAAUAGAUGAGAGAAUUUAGCUGCCAAUGGACUUAUAAAAUGAAUGCACCAGUUUUCAUUUGAAAGAUAGAUAACUAUAGACAACAAAAAGCACAUUUAAUUUUUGUACUUUAUAAAUGGAAGAAAAAAAAUGAACAUUUAAAAAUCAAGCAUCAUCUUUGAAAUUUGAAUUGGCUCAUCAAACAGGAAGGUCACCAGAGUAAAAUAACCAACUAUCUUAUUGCAUCACUCUUUUAAUCAAAUGAACUCUCUUUGACGUUCAAAGGUUCGAAUUACGGUGAUAAGCACCUUUGUGAUGUGUGGUAGUUGUAUAGCCAGGGACACAGAGCAUCUCACUUUCCACUGGGAACCACUCCAUCCCCCAAAUCAGGAUGUGACGGUAGGGCAAGGUCUUGUGCCCUUGUCCUGGGUGUAGGACAGCCAUGUGAACUGAAGAGUUCUAGAACCAGCUGAACAUGGAAGUCUGGGCAUUCUGACCUCCACGGUACCUCUGUGCACACAGUCCCAGUAAGCUGGCUUUAACUUUCCUCUUGCAAGCCCAAGCUACUUCAUGAAGUUCCAUCUCCUGUCCCACUGCUCAGACCCUCUCCUAUAUGCUUCUGGUCUCCACUCAAAGUUCAUGCUUUCAAAAUGAGGUCUAAAAAAUAAUUACUAAUCAAGAGGGUUGUCUUUUCAACAGAGCUGCCUUUUUCUAUUCUUUAUAUAAACGUGUUGGUUUAACAAGGCACUAUUUAAAUUUUUUUUUUUAAUUUCUCCCUUAGCACUUAAAAUAUUUUAUAAAGACUUUGCUGUAAAGAUUUUGUAAUAAAAUGGUGUAAGGGCUCCUUUUCCAACAUUACCAUUUUUUAAAAAAAUGUUUUAAAAGCUAGAAAACAACUUAUGUAUAUUCUGUAUAUGUAUAGCAGCACAUUUCAUUUAUGGAAAUAUGUUCUCAGAAUAUUUAUUUACUAAUAUAUUUAUCUUAAGCCAUGUCCUAUGUUGAGAGUGUGACAUUGUUGGAAUAAUCAUUGAAAAUGACUAACACAAGGCCCUGUAAAUACAUGAUAAUUGCACACAGAUUUUACAUAUUUGCAGACCAAAAAUGAUUUUAAAACAAGUUGUAGUCUUCUAUGGUUUUGUAACAAAUUGUACAAAUGACUGUAAAGAAAAUACAAUUUUAUCAAGUAUGUGUUAUA